AUGACGCCAGUGAUCAGCAACUCUACCAUCACAGUGAUAACAACGCCAGUAACUCGCACCUCUACAGCAGCCAUUAGAACAAGCAACUCUACCAGUGCAUCUCUCACCACCACCACCACAAAGUCCAUCGUCACUCCAAGCAUCGUCAUCACCACCGACAGUUCCACUAUCGUCAAACCUAUCGCGAGCCUCAUCCCGCCGCCUCCCAAGAGCACCAAAUCCCGCGUCAUUGCCUCCAGCUGCCCUACUCCGACCUGCUCCCCGGGCAUUCAAUACGCCCUAUACGACAACCCCUUUCGCCGAGAUUUAUCCCCGACGUAUAAGAGCUUCUCGGCUACCCACUUCAGAAAGACUGAGCCCGUGUACAACACAACGCUGCAGAACGCCAUCUACAUCGCAGAUCGCUACCGCGGUAAAGGCAAAGGUUUCAACCCGCUCUUUAAAAACGCCGCCGCUGGCUACCGCGGCUUCCUGUUUGUAUGCCAGGACGGCCGCUAUCGUUUUAACUCGCCUUACUCAGACGACAUCACCAUUAUGUGGUUCGGCGAAAAGGCCUACCAAAACUAUACGCGCGGAAAUGCCGACAUUAUCCAGUUCUUCUACGGCGAUAACAAGCCUAAGAACAUUUAUAGGGACCUUAAGGCAGGCACGUACUAUCCUAUUAGGGUGCUCUGGGGCAAUACGGGCGGCGCGUCUUAUUUAUCGCUGCGUAUCUAUGGGCCUAACGGCGAGGACGUGAGCGGCGCGGACCAGUCGGGCGAGCACUACCUGACGACGGAGGCAUGCGAUGGCUCCUAUCCUCCUUUUCCACCGUGGGGCAAGGAGAGCAGAAAUCGACGUAAGAAAGGGAAAAAGACUAGAUUGCCGGCGAAAAAGGAUUAA